UCUCUGGAGGCCGCCUUUGGGGGCGUCGGGCGCUCACAGGCUUGGUGGGCCUGGCGCCCGUGUGGCGCGCGCAAGAGGCGCUGGGCGGCAAGUAGGGCAUUGGAUCCGAAGCGCGAGCGCCAUGGUGGCUCCUCCUGUUUUUCAGAAGUGGCGGAGCCUCGCUUGGUUUCGUUUUUGGAAGCUUUAUUAGAAGCUGGUAUAGGGAGGCCGCAGACGAUGCGAGCAGGACGGCCUCCCGGGGUCGCGGGGUGGAAAAGUUUCCGGCGCGCGUCCUGUCUCUGGCGCGCUGUAGGCCCCGGGUCGCCAGGGUCGCUGGCGUCUGGGUCCCGGGACAGACCCGCGCAUCCGUUCGCUGGUUUUUCUAUAUGAGUGGAGAAGACAGCUGUUACCAGGGAGGUCAUACACCAUUUUUUUAGGAUGUCUGAAGAUGAAGAAAAAGUGAAAUUACGCCGUCUUGAACCAGCUAUCCAGAAAUUCAUUAAGAUAGUAAUCCCAACAGACCUGGAAAGGUUAAGAAAGCACCAGAUAAAUAUUGAGAAGUAUCAAAGGUGCAGAAUCUGGGACAAGUUGCAUGAAGAGCAUAUCAAUGCAGGACGUACAGUUCAGCAACUCCGAUCCAAUAUCCGAGAAAUUGAGAAACUUUGUUUGAAAGUCCGAAAGGAUGACCUAGUACUUCUGAAAAGAAUGAUAGAUCCUGUUAAAGAAGAAGCAUCAGCAGCAACAGCAGAAUUUCUCCAACUCCAUUUGGAAUCUGUAGAAGAACUUAAGAAGCAAUUUAAUGAUGAAGAAACUUUGCUACAGCCUCCUUUGACCAGAUCUAUGACUGUUGGUGGAGCAUUUCAUACUACUGAAGCUGAAGCUAGUUCUCAGAGUUUGACUCAGAUAUAUGCCUUACCUGAAAUUCCUCAAGAUCAAAAUGCUGCAGAAUCGUGGGAAACCUUAGAAGCGGACUUGAUUGAACUUAGCCAACUGGUCACUGACUUCUCUCUCCUAGUGAAUUCUCAGCAGGAGAAGAUUGACAGCAUUGCAGACCAUGUCAACAGUGCUGCUGUGAAUGUUGAAGAGGGAACCAAAAACUUAGGGAAGGCUGCAAAAUACAAGCUGGCAGCUCUGCCUGUGGCAGGUGCACUCAUCGGAGGAAUGGUAGGGGGUCCUAUUGGCCUCCUUGCAGGCUUCAAAGUGGCAGGAAUUGCAGCUGCACUUGGUGGUGGGGUGUUGGGCUUCACAGGUGGAAAAUUGAUACAAAGAAAGAAACAGAAAAUGAUGGAGAAGCUCACUUCCAGCUGUCCAGAUCUUCCCAGCCAAACUGACAAGAAAUGCAGUUAAAAACCAAACUUCAGUAUUAUUGGUGCCAACAUGUCUAUCCUGAGAACCUUUGCUGCUGUUGGACACUCCGUCACGUUUUGGAACACAAGUAUAUCAAGAUAGUGGCUACUGAUGUUCAAAUGGGAUUGAAGUGUGAUAAAUGGAUAUAUUUUGUUGUUUGCUGGGGUGUUCAUGGAGAUGUUAAGAGAUUGAGGCCCUGGGCUGAGGGUAUAUAAUGUAUGUCAGGUAAAGUUUGAAGACUGCCAAGGAGCAGAUUUUCUCCCUGGAAAUGUGAAAACUGAACCUAUAACUCUGAUAAGGACUUGAGAUGUGUAGAAACGUUGGGUUAUGGAAGACUAGUUUCUUCCAUAACCCUGAAUUGGAGACCUUAAUGCUAAGUGUAGAUUAUUGAGGUUUGUUAGCGAGGAAAAGAAUAAGAGUUCAGAAGCCUUUGUUACCAGAUAGCGAAAUCAGGGCCUAGUGAGGAGCACAGGUGGACUACAUAAUGGAGUCCAUUGGCGAACCCUAUUGCAAUUUGGUCCAACUAUAUCUUCUGGUGAAGGAAAUUAAUGAUGUAAGAAAAUGCAAGAGGCUCAACUUCUCUUCCAAAAAUCUUCUGGCUUCUGAACUCUUCCUCUGCCUCUCUUUAAAUAAAUAACACAGAAUUUCAAGUGGUAGGAGACUUAUUAAGCCAGUCACCAAGCUUGGUCUGUCAGCCUGUCUCCUAACACCUCAAAGAUCUUGUGCCCUGUGCCGUCCCUCCCUUGUAAUUAUGAAAAGUUCUUUGGUUUCUGGGGUGAAUUCUACCCAUGUAUAAUGAGGAAUUCUCUCAUAACCUUUUUUGUCUUGUCUGUCAUCUCUGUUCAUCCCUUCCUAUAACCUCUAGGUAAAAAGAAAAGAAAAAAAGAAAUUUCCAGAUAUUUUCAACAUUGUUAGAGUUUGGGCUAAAGUGAGCAAGGAGAAAAAAACCACCAAGAACAUUUCCUGGUUCCGGUUUUGAGGGGUGAUAUAUCUGCCAGAUAGGGGGUAUCUGACCCAGUCUUCUCUUCAGCUGGUCUCUGGGGGGAGCUGAGAACUCGCUUGCUACCUCACAUCCUUUUCCCCAGACUUUUUAUCUCCUCUGCAUCCCUUUGCUUUCUAUAGCUGGUGUUUCUUCCCCAAAAUGGCGUUCCCAUGCUUACCUUUCUCACAUUCUAGACAAUGAUGGACAAAGACCCAUGCAAGACUCAGACUCGGGGAAGGGUGUGGUGCUAAUCUCAACACCUGACAUUCACAGCAAGCAUGGUCCAGCCCAACCGCAUGUCUAUCUCAAACUGCAGAAAGGCUUUAAUAUUGGAAAAAAAGAAUUCAAGACUACAGGCAGCUCCCCUCUGUACCCCAACUCAUUUAAAAUAGGAGGAAUCACUUUUUGCCUUACUUACGCUUUUUUCUGAGCACAGGGAUGGGCACCUGCACCCCAGAAGGUGUGAGCUCUCUGCCAGGAGCUAAGGUUCAUUAGGGGAUUGGAUGGUUUAUCACUUCUUUCUUUCUGAGUUUACUUUUAGUAACUUUUAUUGAUGGCUACCUUUCAUGUCCCUGUCUAAAGAGACUUUCUCUUUCAUACGUCUUAAAUCUCAUCAAUGAAAUCCAGUGAAACAGCACCAUUUCUUAGUAUCAUUAAAUAACUAGAAAGUAUCAAGUAUUGCUCUCUGCUGCUUUAUAUCAUUAACAUAUUAAUAAUACCAAGAAGGAAAUACUUUGAAUAAGUGUCAGAUUCUGAUCCAGUAUUGGACACCUGUGAUAUUGGACACCUGUGAGGCUGGGAUAAUUACUUUUGAAUUACACCUCUUCUCUAGUUUCUGGACCUUGCUCUGUCCCUUUAACACAAGGUGGUCAAACCUGAAUGAGGAUCAGAACUCACCCAGGCACUUACUAAAGCAAGAUUCCUAAACCUCAGUUCCAGGGGUAAUUCUGACAUCACCCAUCCAGCAUAGUCAGCUGAAAUUAUAAAUCUAAGAUACAGUUACAUCAAGAUUCUGCUGUGUCAUUUAAUUCUGAAACUCCCAGUAUUCUACCCUUCUUCAUCACUGCAUAUUACCCCACUCUUCCAUCCCAAAUUGGCUGUCCUUUCAGCCCACCAACUUAGUGGCAGCACUAGGGAUUCAUUAUAAGGUAAGUCUGGUUUACAUAAAGACCUGAAGGAGGCCUGUAUUUGAAGCUCACACUUUGUAUUGAUAUCUCUCAUUUUUACUGAGCCAGUGUGGAAUACCACUGUAUGUACUCAUAUAAGCCCUUGACUUUUACUGCUCAUCAGGAUUGGAAUAUUACUCUAGCAGUCUUCACACACAGGCAAGUUACAGUCCUUUUAAAAAGUAUCUCAUUUCCCUAUAAUGGAACCUAAUAGCCAACUUUUUCAUAGAAAUUGCUAGAAGAGUUUGAGCAACUAUAAAUGAUAAAGUGUUUAUAAGCAUAGUCAGUGUGACACAGAAACCAAUCUUAAAAUUGAAUUUAAUGUUUUAUCAUAUCAGAUUAAAUAUUUUCUCCAAUUCAUGUCUUAUUUUUACUGCAACAAGUUAGAAAGUGGGAACACUUUGAUUAAUGUCUUAAAAUUUGUGGGCCCUCAUUUGGAUAAAGGCAGCAAUCCUAAGGACUUUUUUUUUUUUUUUAACAUAAUCUGAGAAUUUCUCUGUAGAGCAGAGAUUUUCAAACCUUUUGGCUGUAACCCACAGUAAAAAACGCAUUUAUAUCAAACCUUAGAAUAUGCUUAAUGAACAAUACUUACCAUUCUGAUGCUUUUUAUUGUUUCAGUUUUUAAAAUAUGCCAGUUGCAACGCACUAAAUUGAUAUCUACCAAUGGGUUACAACCCUUAGCUUGAAAAAAACACCCUCACAGAGGAACUGGUAUUUCUUGAAUACCUUCUGUUUGCCAGGCACUUCACCAGGCAUUUUACAAGUAAGGAAACUGAGCCUCAGAGAAAAUAAUUUGCGGAGGUUUACUCAACUACAAAGGGGUGAAGCCAGGAAUGUUAACUAGGUCUGUUGAGCUACAAAAACUUUUAUGUCUCUCAGACUAUACAGCCUCUAUACAAAAUUGAGAUGGGGGUCGGGGGCAGGGGCUCAUGCCUGCAAUCCCAGCACUUUGGGAGGCAGAGGCCAGAGGAUCACUUGAGCCCAGGAGUUUGAGAUCAGCCUGGGCAACAUAGUGAGACUCUGUCUGUAUGAAAAAAAUUAAGAAUUAGCUGGGUGUGGCAUAGUACACACCUGUGGUCCCAGCUACAUGGGAAGCUGAAGUGGGAGGAUCACUUGAACUCAGGAGCAGCCUUGGUGACAGAACAAGACCCUCUCUCAAAAAAAUAUAUAAAAAAAGGGGGGUUAUCCAUUCUGCUUUACCAAACAGGCUUUGAAAUGACACAUUCCAUUCAUUUGCAUCUUUUUAAAAAACUUCUGAUUCCUUACUGAGUGUCCAGCAGCCUCAGAGUUUUUAAUGGUAGCUGAUGCAGACAUAAACAGUGCUCAAUUUGGCCCUUAAACUAUAAAAUCAAGAAAGAGUAUUUCAAUCCCAUCCACCUGCCUGCAAGACUUCUUAAUGUUCACUGGUUAUAACCAUUGUUUAAACAGUGCUUUUUGUGUAAUUUAAAAAUAAACUUUAAUGCUUUUUAAAACAAAUUUAUCAUAAUUCAUAGAUCAAAUGAUUAUCCUUUAAAAUGAUACCCUUGGGAAAUCAUGUACUUACUGUAGUGAUGCUAGUAUUAAUAUUACUUAGACCAAUUUUGAAACUGUUCUUUCAGAAUUGCCUCCAAAGACAUUUUGCAGAUCAUCCCAGAAAAGGGGGUAUGAUGGUGCUGUGUAGAACUGACCAGAGUUCCUGGAGGAUUUUGAGGUUAUACUGAAACUGAGUGCUGUACAGGGAGAAUUGCAUGAGUCCAGAAACCUCCUUCUGUGGGCUGCCUGCCUUCCUGCCCUCCCUUAAGUGCUCUAAGAUUUUUGUACAGGAGUAAGAAUCAAAUACUGGUAACAUCAAUCACAAGAAGUUGAGGAAACCUGUAAUAUAGCUAGAUAAUAUAGAAUGUUUGUCUUCCAUUAGAGUGCAGAAACCAAACCAUGCUUAGUGUUAACCUUAAAUAUGAAAGGUGUUUCUCAGGGUCCCCUUUGUCCUUCGUUGCUGCCAUAUGAAAUCUUACAAGGAAGGAUGAGGAAAAGCCUGGGGGGAAGUUCUCCUCGGAAAUGAGGUGGUUUUUUUUGUUAUUAAGUAGAACGUGGCUGUGGUUCACAGGUACUUAACGAAUGUUAGAUGAUGUUCUUAAGUAAUCAGAGGCCUAAUAAAAGGCAGGGGAGUUUCUCUUCUAGCCUAAAUUAAUAUUAAAAGUUCAGGGGUAUUUUUUGUUUUUAAAUUAAUACUUUAUUGUUUUUAACAGGUGGUUCUCACAAUUUACAUUCAUUAAUUUGAUGCCCUUUUACAAAGAAACUUCUUAGGUAUUAUAAACCAUCAAUGUAAAGGAUCCACAUGGUAUGUAUCCACAUUGCUACUCUCAAAUAGAAAUGGGAGAUAAGAAAUACAUCUGUGCAAUAUUAAAUUGAAAAACCCAUAAAAAGUGUCAAAGGCAAAUAAUUUGCUCUAGAUCACAAAACUAGUUAGCACAAGAGCUAGGAUUAUAACCAGGGUCUAGAAAAAAAAUCCUGAAGGUAAUUUAACUGAGUGUUAUGCCAUAUCAAGUUACCUGCUAAGGCUCAUGGUCUUUCAGACUAGCUUCAACAUUCCAAAUCAGGCAGUAGCUACAAUGGAAAGGUAAUUGGACGGGGAAUCCUGAGAUCAGAGUCCUAGUUUGGCUUUGUCUCUUGUAGCAAGAUUUUUUAAAUCAGGGGCAGCUGUCUUCUCCCAUCCCAGCCAUGAAUCUUUCAACCUUAGUGGUCACCAACUUGACUCCAUUCCUUAUAUCAAGCCUUGUCCUGUCAAUUCUCCCUUAAAUGUUAGUUGCAUCCAUUUCUAAAUAUAUCCAUGGCCAUCACUCUAGUAAAAAGACUAUUACCUCACACCCCGCACUUGAUCUUCCCCCAACUUUAAGUGGCUCAGUUCCUCAUAUCACUGCCACAAGAAUUAACAACCAUGUCCAUCUUUCAUUUUUGUGCUGAAAGAUUUUCAGUGGUUCCCACUGAAUACCAAAUAAAGUUCGAAUCCCUUAGAUUGGCAUUCACAGCCUUCUACGUUCUGGCCCCAGCUUUAUCUCUUGAAACUCACUACUCACCAUCUGACAAUGCCACUAAAAAUCCACAAGAGUGAUUUUAAGGUUUUUCUAUGGUGAAGGUUCAAACUGGUAAUAAACCAUGUUUACAUUUUUCUGGUCUAAAAUAAUUUCUAUAUUACUUUAUAAUAGUCAGCUGGGGGUUAUUUAAGCUCUUGGACAAGCCUAAAACUUGUAUGCUGAAGAAAAUAUUUUUUUCCACCAGAAGAAAUUGCAUUCAAUUUCUUAACCUUCAAAACAAUGUCAGUGUUGUCACCUGUGCAUUUGAUAGCCACAGCACAAGUAUUCUUCAGGAGCAUAAAUCCUCCAGCCUUGAAUGGACCAUUGUCCAGCUCCUGUGAAAAACUUAAUAUUUGAGAAAGACAUUCAAUGGUACAUGUUUUCUGUACACUUCACGAGUAGUUGAGAUUUUCUUACAUUAAGGUUAAUCACUAAAAAGAUGUUUACUUGGGUUUCGUUAACUAAACCCCCUAAAGAUGUUUUCCAUUUUAUUGUUAAACACUUGGUGUUGGCAAGGGUCAGCACGAGAAAAGGCCCAAUGGCAAGAAUUUCUGCAAAUUCUGUAAAGCUUACUGAAUUCAUUUGUCAUUUAUUACGUUGCUGAGUGGUGCUUGAAUAAGGAAACAUGCAAUAAAUUUACUUAUUUAACCAACA